ACGGUUAAAAUGAGUAAAUUAGUUUUGUAUCUGGUUGUGAUAUCGGUUUUUGAAAUCUUCAACAGCGGGGCUCAAUUGGGAUUUCCCAAUAACUACGUCUGCACGGAUGAAUAUUGUGACAAUUACCGCGAGAGUAACCCGUGUGAUCAGCUGAAGACGGUUUGCAAAGUUCAGAACUCAACUCACAAUGGCAUAAUAUUUCCUUCCAUAAGUCCGUGCUCGUGUUGUGAGAUUUGCGUAGAAAACUUGAAGCAGGGUGAGGACUGUUCGAUGGGAGGCCUGGGUUCUCCCGUUCCGACAGGGAUCUGCGGCCCGGGGUUGUACUGCAUGAUUGUUGAAGGUGAAGAGCACCCGACGUGUCAGAAAAUGAGUGUCACCAGCCCUUGCUAUAAAGCGCAGACCGAAUUCGAUGAACGUCGGAUGAAUGGACUGAUCGGGCACUUGGAGCAGAGGCCGGUUUGUGAUGCUGACGGAAACUUUGCACCGGUAGUGUGCAUUCCCGGACAAACAUGCUACUGCAUCGACAAGGAAGGGAACCGCAUAUUCGGCGAUGCAGUACAUACUUCACGAAUUGAAGUUUCGAUGCGAUGUGAAUGUUCACGCUUGGCGGCGAAAGCACAAAAGCUGCUGAACGCACGGUAUCCCAUUUUCUCAUCCCGGUGCGAUUCGAAGGGCUCAUAUGAGCAACUACAGUGUGUCGGGACCAUGUGCACGUGUGUCGAUAUGCACGUCGGAGAUCCGAUAUCUGGAAGCCGGAACAUAUCCAGGGGACUUGAGGGUCUACCAUGCUUUGAUAAAAAGCAACACGACAACACCACUUGGCUACGAGAUUGUGAGGUUGCAAAACUGGAGAAGUUGCAAGAAAUUCAAAGCUAUGAGUCGAAUGGAUUUAAUGUGAUGAAAUUCAACGCCGAUAUUUGUCAACCAGAUGGGUGGUUUGCCAGUGUUCAAUCGAAUGACACUCAUUUGUUUUGUGUGAACAACGAUGGAAGCAAUAUAGACUCAUUCUCAGUUCAAAAAGGUUCAUCAAAUGCCUCAAAAAUCGAUUGUAAAUGUGCUAGGGCCAGGAAGCUUUUGCAGGAUGCGAAAAGUUUAGAUCUCCCGGAUUGCUGUCCAAAUGGCAACUAUAUGCCCGUUCAAUGUCGGAGGGGCCAAUGUUAUUGUGUUAACGGAAAUGGAAUGCAAGAAGGAAAAGAGGUUCCCUCGAAGGACACCGAUCAGCUGCCAUGUGCUAUGGUUGAGUGCUAGCCAUACCCUCAUAUUCUCAGGGCUUUUUAAUAAAUAUUUGU